AUGACUUCCAGGAGCUCUGAAUUCAGUCAUGCUAAAUAUUCCUUCAGCAGCAGUCAGUCAAAGUUAGUCGUUGGAAUAUUAUAUGAAACUGUCCAACAUUUGGGAGUUAGUCCAUGGAUACCAAAGUCUAUAGCACACUGGUUUAGAGUUACCACCAAGCAUCCAGUUGCUCUCCACAUUGAAAUCAGACUCGAAGCUGAAUUGUACUACGUCAGAGAAGGAGUGGUUAAUAAGUAUGCGAUGAACUUCGUCGUUCCCGUGCCCGCGUACAUCGCAGAUCUCGAAUUUUCCUGGCAAAGUCUUGCUGGACAUCCGUUGCCGUACUCAAUGGAGUUGGAUUACGACGUAGUUGGUGUUUCGAGCGGUGUUUCUGGAGUGGUGGCACUAUUUCGACCCAGCGUGAACGUGUCGGCCAAGGGAGAGGUACCAAUGACCUUGCAAGUCUUCAGGAUUAGGCUACCGUGCUCGGGCCUCGUCAGCGCCCAAAUUCCUUUGGCUUUGAGGUUAAACGUCACCGCCCCGCCCGGCACCAAAUACAACGACACUAUUUUAGUAUUCAAGAGAAACAAGAUUUGUUUGAAAGGAGUGCAAGCACCUCCAAGGAAUGAUUCGGUUCGUCUCGAGCCAGGACCGUUGCUAAAUGGUGCUGGGGCACUUUAUGUCGCUGCAACAUGUGCAUGCGCUUUGAUAUUAGUCGUCGGAAGCGUAGCUAGCGCCUUGUAUAUUCGUAAUAGCAAGGCUCGCAUACAAGAGUCGCAGAAAACACUGCCCUGUUGUAGCUAUUCGGCGGCAGACACCGGCGGCUUGGCCAGAAGUUCUGUCCUGGUUAGAGUCGACCCUCGACCCGGAAGCGCGAAUUCCGGAAGUUAUGCAACCAUUGCCGACCUAGAGCCACUCUAUGCGAGACCCUGCGGUUCCAGGGCCAGCUACUACGCUUCCAGCCAUGUGACGCAUCUGAGCCAGUCGACAGAUCCUUGCGAGAAGGCCAGGGCACUCGCGGUAUCGAGGUCGGCGCUGUACUGUCGCAACCUUGUGCAGGAGGGCACCUUCGGGCGCGUUUACAAAGGCUCCUUGGAAUUGGCCGGCCGUGAGCAGGAAGUCAUCAUAAAGACAGUCACAGAAGUGGCAUCAGCGUACCAGGCCUCUUUGCUAGUGGUGGAGGGCUCGCAGCUGGCAGGAUUAGUACAUGCAAACAUAGCUUCGCUCGCUGCGGCAUGCCUGGAUAGUUCUUGCCCACUAUUGGCCUACACGAGCACGCCAGGCGAGCUAAAUCUGAAGCUGUAUCUUACCGACGGGAACCAUCAUCCCGUGACCAGGGACUUAGUGCACGUUGGCGCACAGGUUGCUAGAGCAGGGGCAUUCUUACACGGCCGAGGGCUGCUGCACAGGGAUAUCGCUGCCAGAAACUGCUUGAUCGAGCCAAGCAGUCUUCGCGUGCGAUUAGCUGAUACUGCUUUGGCGCGAGAUCUCUUCCCUCAGGAUUACCAUUGUCUCGGUGAUAACGAGAAUAGACCCAUUCGUUGGAUGGCCUUGGAGACCCUCCAGCACAAUCAGUAUAGCACGGCGACGGACGUGUGGUCGUUUGGGGUGUUCCUGUGGGAACUGGCAACGAUGGGUCAGCAACCGUACGUCGAGGUGGAUCCGUUCGAAAUGAUGGCGUGUCUUCGAGAUGGUUAUCGACUGGUCCAACCGAGACCAUGCCCGGACGAACUCUUCGCCGUGAUGGCCGUUUGUUGGCUAGGCCUUUCCAGAGAUCGGCCGACCAUGCCCCAACUUCUCGCCUAUCUGCAAGACUUUCACGACGCCCUCGGCGGUUUCAUCUAA